AUGGAUGUCGAAGAUACUCAGGCACAGCCUUUGCCUCCACUUAAUAAGUCUGCUUCUAGAAAUUCCAUGGAUGAAUGUAUAUCCUGGUUUCAUGGAAAAAUAACAAGAGAUGCAGCUGAACAUAUUUUGGAUGUAGGUGGUAGCUCAGAAGGUCUAUUUUUGAUCCGAGAAAGUACUUCUUCACCCGGUGAUUAUGUUCUGAGCUUAAUACAUAAUAAAAGUCCAAUUCAUUACCAGAUUCGACGCCAUGGUGAAGAUGCAUUUUUUAGCAUUGAUGAUGGACCUAUUGUUCAUGGACUUGAAAUGCUCAUAACUUAUUAUCAAGAAAAUGCUCAAGGUUUAUCUACAAAAUUAAAUGAAAUGUGCAAAGGUCAGCCUCCUCCACCUGAUUCUCGGAGACAUGGGCGAACAAAUCUACUACAUCGUGCUACAAAGGAAGGAGAGGUUACAGUGGUUAGAGAAUUACUCAAAUCUGGUUAUCACAAUUUAGAUGCAAAAAAUCAAGAAGGUCAAACUGCAGUACACUUAGCAAGUAUUAUGGGAUUCAAUGAUAUUCUUGAUUUGCUUUUAGUUGUUGGAGCAAACCCUAACAUUAGAGAUGGCAGUGGCUUAACACCUUUGCAUUAUGCUAGCAAAAAUAAUGAACCUGAAACAGUGGCAGUUCUGUUAAGACAUAAAGCUAACCCUCAACUGAGAGCUACUGAAUCUGGUUGGGUGCCUCUACAUUAUGCUGCUUUUCUUGGCUACACAGAGGUUUUGAAUGUAUUGUUGGAGAUGAAAUGUCCUUGUCAUCCUAGGUCCAAUUAUAAUGAAACUCCCUUAGAUUUGGCUAAAAAAAAUAAGCACAAAGAAUGCAUAUCAAUAUUGGAAAACUAUGUAGCUGCCCCUCCCACUUCUUCAAGAUCGGAAUGGUUUCAUGAGGAUCUAGAUCGAGAAAAAGCAAUGUCUCUUUUUCGCUCUGAAGGGUUAAAAGAUGGAAUGUUUUUAGUUCGUCGUAGUUCAAGGCGAAAAGACAUCUAUGUGCUGUCUGUGGUGCAUAAUUCUCAUCCAUUCAAUUAUGAAAUUCAACGUAAGGAAACUUUCUAUUUUAUUGAUGAUGGUCCCUAUUUGGACUCUUUAGACCACCUUGUUGAACACUAUAGUAACAUGGCAGAUGGGCUUCCAACAAAUUUAGUGCAACCAAUUCCUCCAGGGACUGAGUCAUUGGAUAUUCCUUCAAAUUCAAAAGACAAAGAUGUUGAAAAUCUUAUCUAUAACAACGUUGCUGCAAAUGUAGUGUAUAGAGAGAAAAAAACACCACCUAAAGUGAGAAAAAUAGAUCCUAUUUCAAGGCCGAAUCUGAUUCGACGAGAAUCUUUAAAAUUAGGUGAUUCUAUUGGAGAAGGAGAGUUUGGAUCAGUUCUCUGUGGAAAAUGGCUGAAUUUAGAUAAUAUAGAAGUAAAUGUGGCUAUUAAAACUAUGCGUGAUGAGCAGGUACAGCGCUGCAGAGAGGAAUUUAUUCGUGAAGUGGAAGUAAUGGUGGGUUUGGAUCAUCCAUGUGUUGUAAAGUUACUUGGAGUAUGCUUAGGCCCUCCUUUAAUGAUGGUUCAAGAACUCGUACCAAUGGGUUCCUUGUUUGACUAUCUGUUAGAUUUUCAAGAUGAAAUUAAUGUUCAUGAUCUAAUCUUGUGGUCUGCUCAAAUUGCAUGGGGCAUGACUUACCUGGAGAGUAAACGAUUUGUUCACAGAGAUUUGGCUGCAAGAAAUAUUCUCUUGUCGAGUAAAACUGAGGCAAAAAUUAGUGAUUUUGGUUUAUCUAGAGCCAUAGGAACAGGUAGUGAGUACUAUAAAGCAAGUACUGGUGGAAGAUGGCCUGUUAAGUGGUAUGCUCCUGAAUCUAUCAAUUAUGGAACAUUUUCUCAUGCAAGUGAUGUUUGGAGCUAUGGCAUUACAUUAUGGGAGCUUUUUACAUAUGGAGAUCCGCCUUAUGGAGACAUGACGGGAAUGCAGGUUAUCCAAUUGCUUGAAUGUAACCAAAGGCUCAGCAUACCUGAAGAUUGUCCUGAAAAAAUACAAAAAGUUAUGUCCCAAUGUUGGCAAUAUAAUCCAGAGAAUAGACCAACAUUUAAGCAGUUGUACAGUUCGUUUUGUACUGAUGUUGAUUACAAACCUUUAUGGAAUUUUUUUAAGUGUGAGGAAGAAAUCCUUUAAUUUAGGAAAAUACCAUAUGAUGUAUAUUAUUUUAUUUCUGCGAAUGAAUAAAAUGAAAGUAAUUUAUUAUAUUAAAUUUAAGGAAAAUCAAAGGGAACUGUUACGGAAACUGUUUAAAAAUAGCGUUUUGUAUUUAAAUAUGUUUAAAUGAAAAACUGAGGGACGAAAAUAGUACAAGAAAUUUUUAUUAAAAUAUGUUUUAACAUAAAAAAGGAUGAUUUUUCAAUGUAAAAUCUUUAGCUAAAUUAUAAUAAAUUUUAGAAAUUCUUUUGUCAAUUAAAAAUAGAAUUAAGUUGCAUUUUUUGUUGAUUAUUUUUAUUGUGAACUUUGUUGUAUUUGCUUUUUAUAAAUACUCAUCAAGCUAAAUUUUAUUUUUUAUAAAUGAUGAAGAAUUACUCUAUGUGACACUGUAGUAGGUUCAUUCCAUGAAAAAGUCAACCCUUUGACCUGCACAUGAUGGUUCAUGUGUUUUAUUAAAAAGUAAUAAUUUUAAAGGGUGAUGACAAAAUGUUUUGCUUAAGAAAUCACACAUAAGUUUGCAAUUUGAAG